AUGGACUGCGGCGCGUCGCACUACAAGAUGGACCCGGUAUUCUUCGUCAAGUAUGCCGAGCUGAGACAACAUCAUGGCGUCGAGCAUGCCCAUCCGGCCCGCUGCACAGACCACUCUGACCGCAAAAACCCUUCGGUCUUCGAGCCCGUUCACGGCAGCGCCUUUGACAUCAUGGGCAAGGGCAUCGCCAACCCCAUUGGUGCCAUUUGGGCCGCAGCGGAUAUGCUUGCUUGGCUAGGAGAACAGGAGUCGGCUGAUGCCAUCAUGGGUGCUAUCGAGCGCGUGUGCAAGGAAGAGAAGGUUACCGCAGAUAUGGGAGGCGAGUUGAACACCAAACAGGCCGCGGCUGCGAUCUGCGAAGCCCUCUCAGCCACCAAGUAA